AUAGGUGCUAAACCUGAGGAAGUGGCUCUGAUGAAUGGACUGACAGUCAAUCUGCAUCUUCUGAUGCUUUCCUUCUACAAACCGACUCCGAAACGCUAUAAGAUUCUUCUAGAAGACAAGGCCUUUCCAUCAGAUCACUACGCCAUUGAAUCUCAGAUCCGGCUGAGAGGACUGGACGUGACCGACAGCAUGCUGACCAUUGCACCCAGACAGGGUGAAGACACCAUCAGGACGGAGGACAUCGUGUCGGUCAUCGAGCGGGAGGGCGAGGCCAUGGCUCUGGUCAUGCUCAGCGGCGUUCAGUAUUACACCGGUCAGCUGUUCGACAUGGAGGCCAUUACCAGAGCAGGACACGCCAAGGUCAAACGGUCAUGGACCGCGCUUUUCGUGGCAAUGAAUGUCAUCAGAGAUUAA